GUGUUUCGCGCGAGCUGGUGGCCAUGGCGUACAGUAUGUGGGCGGCGCUAAGGGUAGUAUCCUGCAAGGGACUUCUGUCGAGAAAAGCAGGCUUACCUGUGUUUUGUGGAAGAAACGCCACUCUAUCAACAGGCUUCAGAAAGCGUACCAUUCCUUUAGGAUAUAAGCACCCAAGCUCAUCAAGACUACACGGCACGCCAGGAAAGAUGCCUGAAAAUGAAGUUAACACGGAUAACCUGGACGAAAAACAAGUCCAGCUUCUCGCUGAGAUGUGCAUCUUGAUUGAUGAGAAUGAUCGUAAGACAGGGGCUGACAGCAAAAAGAACUGUCAUCUGAAUUCCAACAUCGAAAAAGGACUGUUGCAUCGUGCUUUCAGUGUGUUCAUAUUUAACAAUGAAGACAAGCUUCUACUUCAACAACGAUCUGAUGCCAAGAUUACUUUUCCAGGUUGUUUCACAAACACCUGCUGUAGCCAUCCACUCCACUUGGACAGUGAGCUGGAGGAGCAGGAUGCCAUGGGGGUGAGAAAAGCAGCACAGCGACGCCUGAAAGCAGAGCUGGGCAUCCCUACAGACCAGGUACCACCAGAGGACAUGACAUACCUGACCCGGAUCCACUACAAAGCACAGUCCGACGGCAUGUGGGGUGAGCACGAGAUUGACUACAUACUAUUCAUGCAGAAAGAUGUUGAGCUGGACCCCGAUCCCAAUGAGAUCAAGAGCUACUGCUAUGUCACCAAAGAGGAGCUGAAGGACAUGCUGGAAAAAGGCAAGAGAAAAGAACUGGACAUCACUCCUUGGUUCAGCCUCAUUGCGGACACCUUCCUCUUUAAAUGGUGGGACAACCUGCAGAACCUUAAAGAGUUCAUGGAUCAUGAGAAAAUCCACCGCAUGUAGCCACUGACUUCAACAAAGGAAUUUUCGCACAAAAGCUGCUAACAGAGACUUUUAGAGCACUUGUCCGUCUACAGUCAUGCAGAUUUGAAUAGAUUUGCUAUAGUGAUGAUGGAGAGAUUACCUUUUUAAAGGAACUAGUUUGAAGUGCCUAGUUACCUAUUGAGAGACUGUUUUAUGGAAUGUUUUGUGUUGAUAACUACUUGUAUUAUGUAUAGUACACUGUUAAAUAGUGUAAAUGAAUUUUGAAAUGUAGCUAAAUUAGCUGCCUAGCAUUCUACUGAAUAAAACUUUUUGGAAAUGCC